AUGCUCCAGACAAGAAGAAGUCAACUCAUCGCAUUCACAGCAAUAAUAUAUGUAUUGACAAUAUCAUGUAUUAUAAAUUCCGCAAUAAAGAGUACCUCUUUCUUACAUCUUUCAUUAAAAUUAAAUCAAGGGUUUAACGUUAUGAUAAUAACCAUUUUCAUCCUAUUAAACGCAUUAUUACUUUGGAAGUUCUUAAAUUUCCUUCUGUUUAAAGAAUUAAGACUCAUUGAACAAGAACAUAUAAUGGAAAGAUUACCCUUUACAAUUAUAAAUUUCAUAUUCAUUUCCACAAUGUUUAAUGAAAAAUUCUUUAUUACAAUGGCCUUUUAUGGGUUUAUCCUACUAUACAUGAAAAUCUUCUAUUGGAUUUUAAAGGAUAGAUUGGAGUUCCUAAUUCAAUCAAAUACAAAUUAUUCAGUUUCAAGAUUUAUCUUUUCCAAAUUUUAUCUUAAUUUAAUAAUAUUGUCCACAAUCAAUUUACAAUUAAUUAAAACUUGUAUCCCAUUGAAUUAUGAAUUUUUAAAGAAAUUAUACUUAAAUUCCACUUCCAUUUUACAAAGUUUAAUAAAUUAUUCCUCCCCCUCAUCAACACACGCUUCAAAUUUUAAUCUGGGGGUAAAUCCAAUUUAUCUAAUGUUAGCGAUGGAAUUUGCCAUCCUUUUAAUCAAUUUCAUUAACCUAUUCCUUCAUUCAAUAUUGUCAUUAUAUGAAAUUUAUAAAUCAAACCAAUAUGAUCAAUUAAAUGCAAUCAUUGAAGACAUUGAAGACGAAAAUGAUGAUGAUGAUGACACACCAGCAGAUUUCAACGGUUUGGAAAAUAAAUUCAUUUACGAAAAGAUAAUCGAUCUGUUCACAAGAUCAUUAAUGACUAUGAUCCACAUUUCUUUAGCAUUGCCAUUGAAUUUACCCAUGAUUGUCCUCAAAGAUAUAAUAUGGGAUUUAAUAUCAUUAUAUCAAAAUUGUAAAAUAUUAUUCCAAAUUUUGAAAAAUAACAAGAAUUUAGAUUCAAAAUUACCAGAUAUGAUCCCUGAAGAUCUUCAAGAUUCAGAUAACGUUUGUAUCGUAUGCAUGGAUGAUUUGUUAUCCGAAGAACACAAGAAGAAAAAGGCAAAGAGACUACCUUGUGGUCAUUUCUUACAUUUAUCAUGUUUGAAAAAUUGGAUGGAAAGAUCACAAACUUGUCCUAUCUGUAGACUACCUGUAUUUGAUGAAUCUGGGAACGUUAAAGAGUCAGAACGUCCUGCAACAGCUGCUGAUGCUGAUGUUGAUGUUGAUGUUGCCGCUGCUCAACCUCCAUCCACAUCUUCUUCACCUUCCAUUCCUCACUCACCUAUCCAAGAGACACUUGAACCUGAAGAAGCAUCCAUCGAUAACAACACCUGGUACUCUUUCCCCAUUACACACAUCAAUAAAGAUAAGAGUGUCAUUUCAUUCGAAUUGAGGGACGACAAGGAAAGUUCAGAGACGGUUCAAUUAAUAAGAGAGACCAAGACUGAAAAUGUCAUAAUACCAGAUGAUCAUAUACAUACAUAA